AUGCCCAUAAUCUUCUCCAGGGAACAUCACUGGGUGCACCUCCCGGACCCCGGGUAUUACCCGCUAGUGGUGUGCCCCACCAUAGAUAGAGUCCUCCUCUCCAAGGUGCUGAUCGAUGGUGGCAGCGACCUCAACAUCAUCUUCACUGAGACCCUGAAGCGCAUGGACUUCAACUUCGAGUGGCUUCUUCCCUGCGAAGACUCGUUCUAUGGCAUAGUACCCGGUGAUGGAUCCUAUCUUAUCAGGAGAGUCGUCCUGCUGAUCACGUUCGGCACCCCUGACAACUACCGCACCGAGCACCUCACCUUCAAGGUUGCCAACUUUAGGACCUCCUACCAUGCCAUCUUCAGCAGGCCAAUGCUGGCAAGGUUAAUGGUGAUUCCCAACCAUACCUACCUCUUCUUCAAUAUGCUGGCUCCAAACGGUGUCCUCUCCAUUUACGGUGAUGUUGGAACGUCCUACAACUGCGACACGGAAGCCAUGCAGCCCGCCGAGACCCUGAGUACUCGGCCAACGCAACCAUGA